AGGCACGGCGUGUUUCUCAAACACGCUGCGACACUCGCAGGAAACGUAUCUCUGCUGCUAAAGCCGCAGGAACGCACAGCACGCGCUCUUCUUUCAGUGUACCGAACAGUUCAUCAAGUGCAGUGAUAAACAUGGUGAACCUUCAGUAACAGGGAUUUAUCCAAGCGACGAUGACGGAAGUUGCCAGUCUUCUGCCGGCAGACCACAGAUUAACUUCUGUUAGACGUUAUGAAGCAGGACCCCCAGAAGGAUUAGAGCUGGUCGAACCGGGAGAAACCUAUGCAACCACCAAAGAAGAGGAAUGGGUCAGCAAGAAGAAGACAGAAGUGACCAACACCAAGCAAAUAGAAACUCGAGUCAAGCGCCAGGUGGUCCUGGAAGAUGGCAAAGUCGUCGAAGACUCUGGGCCCAUGGUCACCACCAACACCACCGAAGACACAGAAACCCAGGAACACCACCAGACCGAGCUGCGUAAACUGGGCGGCGAUGACGAGGUCGACGGUCCCCGUGCCCUUGAAGGGCCUGGGAAGGAGCUCGUGGAGAACGAUUCCAAAUGGGUGGCGGUGCCAAACCCGGACGGCAUCGUUAGGGAAGUUAAAGAGAAGAGAGUUAUCUCCCGUGAAGAAACCGAAGAGGUUAAAGAAACGGAAGACGUGCAACAUUUCGGCGACAUCACCGAUGAGGAUUUCCUAGCCGCCGUGAAAAGCGGGCGGAAAGAUUUGCGCGAAGUCCUACGAACAACGAAAGACGGUCAGACGUUGGUAUCUACCGGUCCCCGUUUGGUCCUCGACACGUCGAAAAGCAACAAAGUUAUAGACACGGAAGACACGCGCGAACUGAGCUCCGUACUGCCCGAUGGGAAAAUCGUGACAGAGACGCAAAGAACCACCGAACACGAAGAGAUCAAAGACGACGAACUGCCCGAAGACGCUCCCGAACAAGAUUUCUACAAAGAGAGUUCACAACGAUACCUGAAAACACGUGACCAAGAAGAUGUUGAUUACUUAGCCGACGGUGUCAAAAUCGGGCACGAAAUGCGCUUCCGCACCGAAACGAUGGAAGUCGAACGGCACGGAGACGACGAUGACGAGCCCGAUUUCGACUCGUUGAGUGCGAGGGCGAGGAGAAGACCCAAUAACAGACCACCUCACAGAUACAGAGGUUUAGAGAACGGGAUCUCUCCGUUGGACAGGAAAGACGCACUGACGAAGAAGCCCUUGGAUUUCGACCAGGAGGAAGAGACCAGAAAGGUGGAAACGUCCAAGUGGCUGGAGCACCAUUUCGGGAGCGAAUCAAGGUCGUCGAAUAAUUCCGUCAUUGACGAUGAAGAACAGCCACCUAAAACUAGUUUUUUUAAUGUGACUAUCAAAUCGCAGCCGACCAGAGCCGAGACACCACCGCAGAAGUACAUCACGACUAUCAGCAACGGACCGCGCGUGUACAGUCCAGUGGAGCCCGAGAGGGACAGGCCGCAGCAUUCCGAGUACUACAAAGGUAUUAGUCAGUGGUCAGAGCGUCACCAGAUUCCGACGACCACGUACCAUCAGCCGGAGCCCGUGGCGUACCGUCAGGACACGCCGAUCUACGUCCAUGAACCGGUGACGUAUCCUCCAGAGCGCCGUUCGCCCGUCGUGGACCGUCUUCCACGUCAUUCACCCCCGCGUCGUUCCCCCAUCCCAGAUUACCGUACCAGCUCGCCCAUGCCCGCUUACCGCGAACCAAUGCCUCCUCCGAUCCGCAUCUCCCCCAUUCGGGAAAUCACUCCGACACCUCCACAGCGAAAACGAGUUUCGGACCGUCGUCACCAAGUCGACGAACGCAGUCGCUACACGAACUCCCGCCUGACCAACGGUCGCUGCAGCGAACCGAUGGCGGAACCACCACCGGACUACUCGCCGCCGAAUCCGUCGCCCAACCAUGGCGUCAACGAGAAGAAGGCCAUGCAGAAGACGCGUUUCGCACCGGACCCUCCUAAGGCGAAGAGCGGGAACAUAAUAGGCCAGUCGAUACGCAAAUUAGUAGGAAAGAUCCGUUCGGCCAGCUCCGAGCGCAAGGCUAGGCACAGGACGAAGAGGUCGCCGAGUCCUUCUUACCAGAAAGGCCACGUGAUCGACAACAACAUCAGCCACCACGGCAACGGCCACAUGGAGAACAACAAGCAGCCCGUGCACAGGUACUACCUGGGCGAGGACCCGUUCGGCGGCAGCAUCUUCGGCAAGGAGAACAAGUACGACGGGGUGAAACCGGCGAGGAGCUCCAAGAAAAAAGAAGAAGACCACAGGUCACAGAGUACCCUGGGCCGCUUCAGUAAAUCAACAAGUCGUCUGCUGAACAGCUCGGCGCCCCACGAACGCAACUCGCAGACCCUUCCCCGGCACCUGUCGCGUCACCACGAGCCGCCGACGAGGCUCGAGAAGAACAACAAGUCGAACAGCACCAUCAACGUGUCCAUCAUCAACACGGUCUCGCGGACUUUGGGACCGCAGCUGGGGCCGGCUAAACCUGCGAGGACUUACAAGUCGAAUCUGUCUAGAAGCAAGAGUUUGAACGUUCACGCGAACGACUACAGGAGACCGGGGAUGUACACCAGCAACCCCCAUCUGAACAGACUGGACGAGAACCCCGUCGGCCUCAAGAGUCCUGGAUUGAUUUCCAGCCUUAGUAGAAGCCAGAAAGACCUCCACGAAGACAGUGUAUACACGAACCGUUUUGUAAGAAACGGCACCAGUGAAAACACCAGUGAUAAUAAAAGAGUGUUCAUGAAAAGUUUGAAGGAUAGGGCGCCGGAACUGUUCAAAACGCUGCACGAGGACGAGCCCGACGCCGUGGUCUACAGCACGCCGGUGAAGAACCACCACAAAAACAAGUACAACGGAGACAUUUAUGAGCCGCCCACGCGCUUGAGGGAGCCGCAGUCUAUUCUGAGGAGAGGCAGCAAUUCAAGUACGGACUAUUCUGAGACUUACCACACCACGACGAGGAACGACGAUCCGCUCAGACCUAGCGUUACGAAUACGAUGAAAAGCUACACCAAGAAGACUAUACCUUCGAAGAAUGGUCGCAGCAGGGAAACGAUAGAAUCGAGCGAAACGAAGUCGGUCACGAAGAGCCACUACAGAGGGGACCCUAGCGUUAAGUUUUACGAAACCGAGCGGAGAUAUAGCGGGGGAAGUCCCGUCGUUAUCGAAGUCAGAAACAGCAACUAUAGGAAGUAACACCAAUUCUUAACUUUGUAUACUGCCAUAUAAACUGUCAUUAUUUAUGUUAAUAGUUUUGUUACUUUUACUAAUGGCGUUUUUGUAAUUGUGAUUGUUUGUUGUUUAAAAACGAGGGUUUUGGCAUUUUUAGUGUGGUAGAUUUAGGUGCUAAAAUUCCCUAAACUUUUGUAUCAUAUUUAAAAAAGUUUUGUCUAACUUAAUAAUAUUCAUGAAAACAAUAAUCCUAGAGGUAUAGAAUGUGCCAAAAUAAUUUGUAAAUACGAGCUUAUUAUCAACAAUUAAAAGUUUUAAUUAA